CCUCCUCCUCCUCCUCCGCUGGCGUAACCGACUCGCAAGCCUCCAGGUUGUGGCAACUGCUGCCCGCGGGUGGUGGUUUUUUUUUGCAACGGACCUGGCUUCCGUCUGCAGUGGGGAGUUCGUGAGAAAAGCUUCCCCGAAGAUGGAAGGGGAGAGCUCGCAAGGUGCGGAAGGGAGGGAAGAAUCCCCCGACCAAGGUAAGUAAGGGAGAGCAAAUCUCCGUUAGGGAGCAGCGUUGGAAAAAGAAAAGGGGUGCGGUGGGGUGCAGCCAGGAGCUCAAUGUUAGAUUGCAAUUAAAAACUAAACAAAACCCCGCGAGUGAAGGGUUCGCGAUCGCGUUCUGCCCCACCGAACAAACAAAAAAAGGAGCAAGCAAGCAAGAAUGCCUUUUUUCGUUAAAGGCAGCUAGUGUCAAAAUUCUGGAAACACAAGCCGCCUGAGUUUCACAGCUAUAGGUGUUCAGGGCAGAAACAUUAUGAACGUGCAUGAAUGCAUAGAUUUUAGGGGGUAUCUUACAUGCCCAGGUUAAUGGAGAUGCAUGGGAUAAAAAUAAUAUUCAACUUAAUCAUUUUUUUGUGAGCGGUUAUACUAAUAAGUUAAGCAGCUUUAGAGAUGCACAGGACUCCCCCCCCCCCCAAAAAGACACCGUUUUCUGCACUUUGAAAACUUGAUGCAUUAUCACAAUGUAUGGUGUGAUAAAUAGGAUUGAAAAUCAUUAUACCUGUAUUUUUUGAGAUCAACAAAGCACCCAUUCUGGAACUUAGAUCAAAAAAUUUCCUGGAAAUCUGGAAUGAGAUACGGGUUUGUUUUGGUGUGCAGCCGGAAACCUGAUAAUUUGAAGUUGGAAAAAUGGGUGAGUGGGAGGCUGGUGUGUGUUAAAGCACUUAAAUGACAGGGAUGGUAUGGGGAGCUGACAGGGAAUUUGUGUGGUUGGAAAAUACUGCUUUUAAAACACCCUGGAAUGGGAACAAUACGUUGGUGGGGAAACCUUGGUUAUAUUCUGUGGAGCUGGGUAUUCUAGAACAAUAAAACAUUUUUAAUGGGUGUUUUAAAAAUAGGAUGCUUGGCAACUAUCACACCCUUUGUCAUUUUCAUUCCCAUUCCCAUUGAGGGAUUCAAAGUUCCUAUAUCCUUACUACCGUUUGGGAGAUGCAGUUAACUACUUUGGCAAGACAAGCAGUGUGUUCCCCACUCUUUAUCAGAGGGUGCUCUGUCCUGCCUGCCUGUUUCAGGCUUGUGGAGGUUUUUCUUUCCUAUCCCUUUGAAACUUUCCCUUGCUUUGCUAUGUACUGUAUUAUUAAAAGUUUCUCAAGAUUGAGACUGGCAUUUAAUUUAGUGAUCUGAUCCAGGUUCAUACUUUAGCAACCCAGGCAAUCAGGGGUUGGGGGUAAAGUAUGAUAAAGAACAUAGACAUAUGGCCCUGAAUGUUCUCUCAUCCUAGGAAAAGCUCCCUGAGCACUGUAAGCUGGCAUGUCAGUGGCUGAAUCUCAGCACCCUAAGAUAGCUUUCCAUAGUAAUGUGUCAGUGGCUUCUUUGUUCUCAAAAGGGAUAUUGCAGUGAAUAUUCUUCACUACCUAGCUAGUCAGUUUCCUUCACAGGUUCUACUUCUUCUGCUUUGUUCCUCUCAGCAGAUGCUGGAUUUGAAAGCCGGAUGGAGGCAGAAGAUCUCAGAAUAGAAGUCCCUGAAGGAAGAGGAGAGGUGCAGGCGCUGGAAAUGACUUUGAGCACUGAGCAGAGAGGAGAAGCACCAAAGAGCAGCAGAGGUGCUGGAAGACACCUGAUGGACCGAGAUGGUGAGGACACAACAGAGGGCGAGCCACAUCCUCCAAACAAUUCCCAGAGUCCCAGUGACUGCAACAGUCAGCCAAAGGUAGAGGAACAGAGAUGGAGGAGCCAGGUGAGAAAGCGCCGGGCAAAGGAGACUUCCUAUGAUCCUCCAGGUUUUAUCAACCUUUUGGGUAUCCUGGAACCUCCUCCUCCCCCUGCCCCCCGCAAGCCGGUGGUGAAGCCCUACCACUGCACCGAGUGCGGGAAGAGCUUCUCGCAGAGCUCUGUGCUCAUCGAACACCAGAGAAUCCAUACCGGGGAGCGCCCUUUUGUGUGCAAUGUGUGCGGGAAACGCUUCUCCCAAAGCUCCACCCUGAUGGGGCAUCAGAGGAUCCACACCGGUGAGAAGCCCUUUGCCUGCCCCGAGUGUGGGCGGGGCUUCAGCCGGAGCUCCGCCCUGACGGAACACCAGCGCACCCACACCGGCGAGACGCCCUUCCCCUGCCGGGAGUGCGGGAAGGCCUUCAGCCGCACCUCCAACCUGGUGAAGCACCUGCGCACCCACUCCGGGGAGAAGCCCUACACCUGCACCCUCUGCGGGAAGCGCUUCUCCCUGAGCUCCAACUUGCUGAAGCACGAGCGCACCCACUCCGGGGAGAAGCCCUUCCCCUGCCCGCUCUGCGGCAAGUGCUUCAAGAAGAAGACCCACCUGGUUUCCCACAAUCGGGUGCACACCGGGGAGCGGCCCUACCGCUGCGAAGAGUGCGGCAAGUGCUUCUCCCAGAGCUCCUCCCUCAUCGAACACCAGCGCAUCCACACCGGGGAGAAACCCUACAAGUGUGCCCAGUGCGGCCGAGGGUUCUAUGUCAACUCCAAGCUGGUCAAGCACCAGAGGAUCCACACGGGCGAGAAACCCUACGCUUGCUCAGCUUGCGGGAAGACCUUCCGGUACAAGCAGCAGUUCCCGCGCCACGUGGCCCACGUCCACCCUGGGGAGGAACAGGUGUCUGUGCUCACCUUGGGCCCCAGUGUUAACGUGCUGCUCUCAUAGAGCUGGAACAGGCCGCUGCCCUUUGGGGCUUCAGGUCCUCUGGCUUCCAAUGAAAGGCAUCAUGCAGUGCCAGAUUUGGUAACUCUGUAGCCUGUCCGGUUUAGCCUCUCAUUGCUAAGAUGUGAAGCGGUUCCUGGGACCUCCAAGGGUCAUUCUAGUGGCAUAAAGACAGUCAGUGGCUCACAAGACUCGUUCCAUCCUCCUGUAGAGGAGCUGUUUCCUGAAAUGACGAGGGUUAGCAUUCAUGGCUUGUCAUUGGGAAAGGAGCUGGGGAAAUCAAGGCCGCUUUGCUUCAGGGGGGUCCCAGACUAGUGUAAAUGUGCAGUAGCACCAAGGACAGCGGCAACCUGAGAUCUUGUUUCAGAGGGAAAUGUUGACCACUGCAGUGAUUCCGUUACUGCCCAUGCAUUGUUUUUUGAGGGGUAUAGAACUCAAAACGGUUCACUACUGAUAACUGUGCCUUUCCGUUCCGUGAGGGUAUUCCUGGUAUCCUCCAGCAGCUCCCUUGCGGCAUUUGUCCUUUCCGUCUUGUUUUGAGGACAGGCAAACGGAUUUCGCGAGGGCCUCUUUUUCUCCUUUUCCUUCUUAGUUUGCAGUAUUGCCGAAUAAGUUAGGCAAGUGUGUAUUUCCUAGGCCUUGUUUCAUUUCUCAAGGAAAGGCAAAAUCAUAGUGUGCAGUUCUUUACCAUAUUAUCUAAGGGACAGCCAGUUAAUCUUUUGAGGAUGUUUUUUCCAUCAGUGUUGUGAAGGUCAUUCUGAGAAUGCAUUUCUGUUAUCAAAUGGAGGAGAACAGCAAACAAGCUCUGAGGUAAAAAAUUCUACUGGUUUUAAUGGGGAUGGGGCCCCCCUGUUUGGUAUUCAGGACAAUCCCUACAGAGCCAGCAUGUGAAAUACUGUGGGUAUCCAUCUUGGUUGAGAGAAAAUGCAUUUUGACUGUUGUUGGGUCUUUAGGAUAACCAUGGUAGCCUCAAAUGUUGUCCAGUUCUCACUGCAGAGUCCAACUGAAUAAGCCAUUCUUCUAGAUCAACAACACAAACAACGUAACAGGCUGCAUGUAACUAUAUAAGAAUAAUGGCACAUGUAGAAAAUAAGCUCAGGGGUUGCAUAACUAGUUAGCAUGCCAGAAAGCUCACCUGGCCUGGACACGGAAAGGAUUGAGAGAUUGAUAGCUCUUUCUCGAUUCUGUGGGUGGUGGUGCAUGGCCGUUCUUAGUCGGUGGAGCGAUUUGUCUGGUUAAUUCCAAUAACGAACGAGACUCUGGCAUGCUAACUAGUUAUUCGACCCCGAGCUUAUUUUCUGCAUGUCUGAUACAUGCAUACAAGGAACGCUAGAUUCUUAAAAGCAUCUUCACAUGGAACACUACAAGAUUGAUAUAAUAAUUCCACACCGUGGAUAUUGCUAAUUUAAGAACUGAAUACUGUACAUUGUAUUUCCUGGUCUAUCUGCUGGACUUUAAUUUCUCAUAAUACAUUUCGUUUAUAUGAUAAGUUGGUCUAUAGAACCAUAUAUUUUGAUAUAUGUUGAAUCGCAUUUGAAAAAGAAUUUAUAUAGUUACAUACAGCCUGUUACGUUGUUUGUGUUGUUAUCAGUUUUGUAUUUACGUGACAAAGGGUUUGGUAGUGUUUUGAUUCUUCUAGAUCAGGCUGGGGGACCUUUUUCCAGUCCCAGGGCCUCGUUCCCUCAUGGACAACCUUUGGGCUGCAGCAUGGAAGGGAGGGUUGCAACAGCUGUGAUUACAUUCCAACCAAGCAAAAGUCACCAAGAAAUGGUACACGCACAAACUUACUUCUCAGUCCAGGCAAGUAAGAGACAUUAUAACAGUUAAAGAGCACAUUCCAGUCUGACCAACAUGGUCUGGGGAGUCUCAAGGGUCAAACAGAGAUAACUAGAGGGCCACAUUUAGGGUCAAAAAAACAGCAAAGUGUGGUUCCUUUGUCCUCCUGGCAGACACAAAACUGCUAGACCUUGGAUGGGGAAACUGGGUAUGAUCCUGCCUAAGCCAAACACAUCAAGUUCCACCUAUUUCAACAGUUCAUUGUUUCUCCCGCUAUACUCACAGACUUUUAAGUUGUUAACUUUGGCUGGAUUGUGAGAAUUAGGAACAUGGGAAGCAGCCUUAUACCGAGUCAGAACAUUGGCCCCUCUAGCUCAGUUUUGCCUCCACUGACUGGCAGUAGUUCUCUAGGUCAGUGGUUUUCAACCAGUGUGUCAUGGCACCCUGGGAUUCCUUGAAUGAUGGUCAGGGGUGUUGUGGGCAACACUGGCCUCUGUCCCUCUUCCCUCUCUCCCUCUGAUGCCCUCUCGCGUCUCUGCCUCCGACAGGCUUGCACAGCUAUUCGUUGCAGCAGCCCUGGAUACAAGCACCCUAGGCGAAUGGUGCCUUUGGAGCUGGCCAGAGGGUGCUUCCAAAGCCCCUGUGAGGCAGUGUGAGGAGGCACCUCUCUUUGGGACCAGCAGCUCAGAGACCAGGGGCAGCAGCUGUGGCUGCCUAAAUGAUUCCCAAGGAGAGGAAAGAGGAAGCUGAGGGAACACACCACAAGGGAGGGUGCUCAAAAAGGGGUGAGAGGCUGCCCGCUCUGAAGACAAGGGGUGACAUAACUGGGCUCCUGAGCCCCACAGGGGUGCCGCAGAAAGACUGUAGUUGGUCAAGGGAGCCGUGGACCCAAAAAGGUUGAAAACAUCUGCUCUAGGUUUUCAGAGAUGCCCGGGAAUGAACCUGGGGCCUCCUUUAUGCAAAACAAAGCUCUACUGAACUAAAGCUCUUCCUCCCUUUUAUUAGUUUCUUCCCCUUCUCCAAAAAGACUCAUUUGAGCAAGAAGUCAUUUAAUUGAGGAGUUUGUCCUUUCCAGCAGAGAAUUUCCUUGAAUCACAAAGAUCUUCACAAGGUCAGAAUUUCAUGAGGACUAGGAUGGAAAAGCAAAGCUGUUCUACAGUUGAAUGAAUAGCAGGCAUGCAAACCCUAAGCCACUUACCUGGAGGUCAGUUCCACUGGAUUCCAGCAGGCAAGGCAGCUGUGGUGAAACCACCACAGGGUGAGUAUUAAAUGCUCAGACGUACCUCAGACAGCCAGUGAAAGCAGACUUCACUGUGUUGGGUAAGACAUUUGAAAGAUGUGAGCUAAGUGAGUAGCAAACAAUCAUGGCCAUCUGCAGGGAGGGCAGGGGCAGUAGCCGUUCCCCCAGAUGAGACGUAUUCUCCAAAUUCCCAGCUUGCAUUAAAAAAAAAACAAAAAACAGAAGCACUUGAGGAACCCAAGACUUGAGGAACGUCAACACUAGGCAUGGUCUUCAGUGGUGAGUUGUGGUUUUGUUUUUGAGAAAGCAGAUUGCUCCUGCCUUUCAGUGUUUUUAGCCAAUGAAUGAGGUCAUAGUCGUGAUAGACAUUUGGGAAAGCAGAUCUGACCAGUUAGACAUAAAGGAGGCUAGAGUGAAACACCCAUUGUCGAGGCCAGCCUUUCUUAAAUAGUGUUCAGCAAAACCCUGAGGUUCCAACAAAGCACUCUAAAAAAAAUGUUGUAAUGAUGGGCACUGCUGAAGCACUGCUGAAGCACUAGUCUUGGGAACUACUGUUAUGUUUAUUAUGGUUGUUAUUUAUUAAAUUUGUAUACCACCCUAUACCCGCAGGUCUCAGGGCGGUUCCCUUCCCUUUCUUUCAUUCCCUCGCAAUUUCCAGGGGUUACAUUUCAGUAGCGCCCAGCAGCACAGGCAGGGCUGCAUGGCUUCCCUGCCUUCCUAAUGCCAUGCAGCAGAGCCAGUCUGCCACUCCUCACUGCCUUGCCUCCUUCUAGGUAACCAGGAUUAACCAGAAUUGGGAAAAUGUCCAGGAAAAUCCAGAAAUAACAACAGUGUUGUUUUUGCCGAUUUCCCUUAAAAACAGCUCAAUAACGUCUUUUUUGCGAUUUUGCCCAAAAAGCUCAACAACUGUGCCAAAAAAGCUCAGCUUUUGUGUCUGGAUUUUCACUUUUGGAAAUAUGGCAACCCUAGGUAAGCAUCAAACUAUCCUUCCAGCACUGACCCUCCAGCGGUAUAGCUUGGGGGGGAGGCAUGGCUCUGGGCGCAAAAUUAUGAGAGGACACAAGAAGGCACCCCCAGGACAGCUGAAUUCCACUGCUUCAUGUAAUUUAUUCUGUAGUCAAUUUUGAGGGAUUGACUCUGCUCAUCUCCUUAUUUUUCUGUGCAAAUCCAAAUUGUUUCAGCAGAUUUGUGAGUAAAUGUUAUAGUCAGCAAUUGAAGCAAUAAAGAAAUCAACACAGGAAGCUGCAUUACACUGAGUCAGACCAUUGGUCCAUCUAGCUCAGUAUUGUCUACAGUGACUGGUAGACAUCCUAAGAUGUCAGACAGGGAUUUCAAGGAUUUCAGACAAGGCACAUUCCCAGUACUACCUAGAGAUGUCUGGGAUUGAACCAGGGACCUUCUGCAUGCAAAGCAAUUGCUCUAGCCACGCCCCUUUCCCCAAAUGGCAUGAUGCUCAGUUGCCCAGAUUGUGAAGCUAACAAAUAAAAAAGAAGAUAGACAAGGCAAUUCCUACAAGAGAUCUGAGAAAGAUUUGCAAAAGCAAAUGUAGCCAAACUUGACAUAACAGCACCUGGUCAAUAUGGAAUCAGAUUCCAAACAUUUUACUCCAAAAUAAUCAAAGUAUGUUUUUAAUAACACCAACUCAAGCCUUAUUUUAAUUUCUGCUGGCUCUGUUAAUAGGGAGCAAUAGAGGUACCUACUUUCCCAUUUAAGUGUGUUAGGUGAAAAUAAUAACAACUUAAGUUACUUAGUGUUAUCCUCCACAAAAGAGUAAAAAGGCUGUGUGGAAUAUCUGCCUUGUGCGUUUUAAUAGUUUUGUACUGACUGUGUUUCAGACUGUGACUGUUUUCUUUCUAACCCCCCCCCCUUAAUGGCUCAUUAAAAACCAUAAUUUCACACAACCU